GUGGCUGGACUUGGCCGCCGCUGCUGUGCGAGGCGCGUGUUCGUGUUCUUGCCGUCCCCGCACCCGCACCGGGGCUUCUGCCUUGCGGUCCGCUGUUAAGACAGCCAGCCCUCGGGCCCACCGCCCGCCACGGACAUGCCGCGCGUCUACAUAGGACGCCUUAGCUACCACGUCCGGGAGAAGGACAUCCAGCGCUUUUUCAGUGGCUAUGGCCGCCUCCUCGAAAUAGACCUCAAAAAUGGGUACGGCUUCGUGGAGUUCGAGGACUCCCGCGACGCCGACGACGCCGUUUACGAGCUGAACGGCAAGGACCUCUGCGGCGAGCGCGUGAUUGUGGAGCACGCCCGGGGCCCGCGCCGCGAUCGUGACGGCUACAGUUACGGAAGCCGCAGUAGUGGAGGUGGAUACAGCAGUCGGAGAACUUCUGGCAGAGACAAAUAUGGACCACCUGUUCGUACAGAAUUCAGACUUAUUGUAGAAAAUCUUUCUAGUCGUUGCAGUUGGCAGGAUUUAAAGGAUUUCAUGAGACAAGCAGGUGAAGUCACCUAUGCGGAUGCUCACAAAGAACGCACAAACGAAGGCGUAAUUGAGUUUCGCUCCUACUCAGACAUGAAGCGUGCUUUGGAUAAACUGGAUGGUACAGAAAUAAAUGGCCGAAAUAUUAGGCUCAUUGAAGAUAAAGCACGAACAAGCCAUAGACGGUCUUACUCUGGAAGCAGAUCAAGGUCACGGUCUAGAAGAAGGUCACGAAGUAGGAGUCGCAGGAGCAGCCGCAGUAGAUCACGAAGUAUCUCAAAAAGUCGCUCCCGAUCUAGGUCUCGGAGCAAAGGUCGAUCACGUUCUCGGUCAAAAGGCAGGAAAUCUAGAUCCAAGAGCAAAUCUAAGCCCAAGUCUGAUCGGGGCUCCCGUUCACGCUCUCGAAGCAGAUCUAAGGAUGAGUAUGAGAAAUCUCAAAGCAGGUCUCGUUCUCGAUCUCGUUCCCCCAAAGAAAAUGGAAAAGGUGAUAUAAAGUCAAAGUCUAGAUCGAGGAGCCAGUCUCGUUCCAAGUCUCCCCUACCUGCUCCACCCUCAAAGGCUCAUUCUGUGUCCCCUCCACCAAAAAGAGCUUCAAGAUCCCGUUCUAGAUCCCAUUCAAAGUCAAGGUCACGGUCCAGAUCGAGCUCCAGAGAUUAACCCAGAACUCUACGUUCUUUGCACACUAUUACAGAACACUUUCCUACUUGCUUAGGCAGUUACUCUUCCAUGUUUGUACUUGGCCUCUUCUGCAAGAGGAAUCUCCUGAAAACAAGGGCACACAGAAAUUUGAUUUGUGGCCAAAUUUGAUGAAAAAGAUGAGGUUCUAAAGAAAUGGUGGCAUGAAGACCUUCUCCCUUCUUUGUAGAAUUAAGAUAACUUUGAUUUUAUAGCUUUUGAGCUAAAAUAACUUUUGUAAAGAUUAAGCUCAUUUAGAUUUUUUUUUUUUUUUUAAGUAUUUCAGCAGGAUCUGCUGCAGGGAUUUUGUUUUAUUUGUUUGCUUUUAAAUUAACCGUUUCAAGCUUUGGAUACAUGAGGCUUUAGAGGGAGAACCCAUUUUUCAAUUAUGUUGGCUUUUUAUAAAGCUUGAGUUAAUGUAAGAUUUCAAUAAAAGUUUGCUACCAAAAUGAUUGCCUUAUUGAAUAGGUCGCUAUUCCUUUAAAUGUUGAUAUCUGCUGUUUGUUGAAACAAUGUAAAUUCUUAAGUAUAAAACAAGCCACGCCUCAGACCAGCAAUAAAUUAUUCAAUUUGGAUAACAUUAUUUUGUGCUGUGAAUCAAAUUUGCCAAAGUCAUUGUAUAUUCUUCUUUAACAAGUUAAGUUAAAAAUAAAAGAUAUUUUGUAGUCAAUCUGUUACACAAUUUUGCCUAAAUUAAUAGAUUUUAAAUAAUGAAACUUCUUUCAAACUUAAAUUUGAACUCUUCAGGAAAUAACACCUAACACUUGGUAUCUAAUUUAGCCUGGUAACCCCACUUUCUGGAAGUGGUCAAUAUAAUUAGUAUUUAAUUUGUUAGAGUACGAGUCCACGGUCUUUAAUGUUUGUCAUAUAAAAACAAAAGCAGUCUUUGAUCAGCAAGUUAGCAUAGUUUUGUUCAAAGUACAAAACCAAAUAUUGCAUUUUCUGUUGAAAGAUAAUAUUUAACAGAUCACUUGGUAUAAUCAGUUGCAGGUUAAAGUAAAAUUUCAUUCAACAGUCGCCUUUGCAGUUAGGGUUAUGUGAUAAUUGCUUAGGUCAUCUUUGUAAAUUUUACAUGUGGAUGGUUUGAAAAACAGUAAAUGGGUAAACCCUAAGUUUUUCGUACUUUAUCGAGAACGUGAAGUAUAAUGAAUACUAUGGGGAGACCAAAUUAUAACACUGCGAAUUUGUGGGAGUUACCAGGUUACCAAUUAGUCUAUACAUCCAUAAGCCUAAUUGAAAUUGCAACCUUAUAUUCCUCUUUGUUCAGAUACUUUAAAAUAAGUAUUCAUUAACCUCUGUUUUCUAGGAGCUCUCACUAUGUAAGGUAUCAAGGGUUGGGUUGUGCUAGGGUAUGGUGGUAUACUGCUGAUUGUGCCAGUUAGGGACUAGAAAGCAUAAUAUACAGCUGGUGUGUAGGUUCGUUGAAUCUGGAAGGCAUACCAAUAAAAAGGUUGUGGAAAAAACUGAAUCAAAUAUCUAGGUAUCAGAGUAACUGGGAGUACUUGGUAAUAAGUAAAAAGACUAAAAUCCCAGGGCUUUUGUUACAAAAUCUUAGACCCUUAUCUUAUGUUACAAAAUCUUAGACCCUUAUGAUAGUGCCCCAAAGAGUUGAUGUUCCUUCCAUGACCUUAUUUUCUUGAAUAACUUUUUUUUAAGUUGUUUAUAGGAAGGGGGGGUUUUCCCGAUACAAAUUUCAGAGAAGAAAAUGCCAUUUGAAAGGACAGAAGUUAAUGACAAUGAGUUGCAAGCCUUCACUGCCUUUCAUAAUUUGGUUUCUAAGACAAAGACUUGACUUUGACCAAAUUCUUGUUUUCAGGGAAAGAAAAGCAUUUAAAAGAAGGGGAGAGGAUGUUGCAGUAUGAAAUUUGACUCCUAAAGUAUGCAACAUCUUCUGUUAGGACAUCACGUGGUGUAAUAGGCAGGCUUGUCUAUGUUGUUAGCUGGUCUCAUAGUGGGUUAGGUAAGUUCCUGCUCCCAUAAAAAAUUUCCAGUAAUCGCAAAGACCAACCUAGUAAAAAUAGUCUUACUCCAUACCUGUGAGCCUGCGUCAUUAGACAUGCUAAACCACUAUAGCAGCCCACUUGAGAACAGAGUUGACUGAUAAACUGUUCAGUUCCUUGCUAAUUUGUUACUUGAAUCCUCCAGUCCAUCAUGCCGUGUUGAUCUGUGACUAGAUGGAGUAUUAAGCUGAUAGCAAUUAAAUGGAAGCGAGCAACAUCUUGAUGCCCCUUUUACCUGACUGUUUAUUGACACACCAUAGUGCCUCUGGCCAUUUUUAGUCCUGUCUGCUGCUCCUGUGUUACCAUCUUUCAUUUUGGUAUCUUUCUCCCACUUUGUUAACCUAUUUUGUUUUAUCUCCUUAAUAAAAUGCUUAUUGAGGGAAA